UCGGUUGACGUUUCAAAUUCCCUCCCAAUAAAACAGCCAUUAAAUACUAACCCAAAAUUUUAGGCAAUUUUUUUCAAAUUUCCACUUUGACUGACUCAUUUGGAUUAGACCAAAAAUAGAGGGAAGCAAAAUGGUUUGUUAUUAUUAUUGAUGAUCAUUGUUUUACGGUUGAUGCUCCUAAAAUCUUGUUCUUUUUUCAUUCUUUCUGUUAUGUUACCUAUUUUUAUCAAACUUGUUCUCUUCUUGUCUUAAAUCUUUUUGCUUGUUGAAAAAAAACAUUGACAUGUUCAAAAAUUUCACCUUAUUCUUAUUAGAAUAAUAGUAAGAGUUUAGUUCCUUAACAAUCUUGAUUGUGGGGAAGAAGAGAGGAUUAGAAUAAUAAUAAUAAGAAGAAGAAGAAGAAGAAAUAAAUGGCUUCUUCUCAAGUAGAAAUUGCCUCCUCUUCUCCAUUUGGUUAUGUCCUUAAUAGAUGUUGUGCUAGAGAUUCCAAUGCUUAUCAGAAAAAUUUCAAGAAUUUGGUCCAAACACACUUGCAUUCUUGCAUGUCAAAUCAACACAAAAAAACAUUUGCUUCUGAUUCUUGUGAAAAUUCUCAAAAGCAUGCAGAAUUAUGGGUUCACAAAACAACAAAAUGUGAUGAAAAGAAUGAGAAUAGUAGUCCAAAGAAGAGAAGUAAAGCUGCUGAGAAAUGGGAUAAAGCUAGAAAUAUGGUUUUCUCAAUGGAUAGAGAGAAUCAAGAAAGUUCUGUUGAAUCUCCAAAUCAUGGUGGUGUUUCUUCCCUUGUUAGAAAAUGGAAAGAUUUUGAAAAUUCUGAAUUUGUGGGGUCCCCUAAGAAGGGAUAUGAUGAAUGUGAUGAAUCUUCUUGUUCCAUUGUGAAAAGUGAAUCAGUUGGUGAUUGGGAAUCAGAUAAAACAGAUACUAUAAGUAAAGAUUCUGAUGUUAAAGAAAGUGAGAGGCUAGGAGUUGCAGAUAUAAUCAAGAAAUUGAAAUUUGAUAAUAGUAAUGUUGUUGUUGUCAAUGGCGGAUCGUUGCCUCGGGUUAGAACAUCAACAAUGGAUCAUUCGGAAGGACAAAGGUGCAAUUUUUCCCCAGUUCUGAGUUCGCCCCGUUUCAUCAGGGGGCGACAGGCGUUUAGUGAUUUGCUCUUGCAAAUGGAACGCGAUAGGCAGAGGGAACUUGAAGGUCUUGUGGAGCGUAAGGCGGUUUCUAAGUUCCAACAAAGAGGCCGCAUUCAGGCUGUGCUUCGAGUUAGACUCAUACGACGUGGUGCAGAAGUUAGAGGUGGUCGAUCAGUGACUUGGCCAGCAUCUGAAUCAAAUAAAUCGACACAUUCUGCAAUUAUGCAUCUCAGGGAAAAGUUCAAUACAGUAGGACAGCAUGGUCUUACCAAAUUAAGAAACACCUCAAAAGAAGCAGCAGAAAGUUCCCAUGAGAGCGGAAGCCUCCCUUCCACACCAAAUCGACAACAAAAAGAGAGUAUUUAUCGGGACUUCAAAGGCCCCCAUAGAGAACUGGCUCGUAGUAACUCAGCGAAAGGAACUGGAUUUUCAUUAUAUCAACGGAGAGAACAGGAUCCGCUUAAGGGGCUGGUCAAGGAGAGAGCAGGACUGCACCCCGGUGUAGCUGAAUCAAGACAUACCCCUAUAGCGUUGGGAGAUAACUGUCGAGACCCUAGCAUAUCUGAAAAAGAGAAUCACAACAAACCAAGAAGCCCCCAGAAGGAGGUGGUAGUAGAUAACAACCCAAAAGUUGGAAAUACUGAUAUGUCCAAUCAACUACAAGAAGAGAAUCAUCACGGGGAAGUACCCCAGCAAGUAAGCCCCCCGAAAGUUGCAACUGGUAUACAAGUGAGAAAUGGAUUUUCAGAGUCAAUAAGUACCAAUAGAGCAUCGGGAGAAAACACUCGAGACCCUUGCACGUCUAAAGAAGAGAAUCAUCAUAAACCAAGAAACUUCCAUAAAGAGGUGGUAGAUGACAUCCCAAAAGUUGAAACUUUUGGUGUAUCCAAUCAACUGCGUGAAGAGAAUCAUUAUGAGGAAUUAUGUAAGAAAUUGAGCUCCAGAAACUUGUCAAAAAAUCAGAAGGAGAUGGCAUGUAGCACGAAAAAAUCAGAAGGUUCUUGUAAAUCAAAUCAACAUGACAUGGACCUUAACCAUCAUAAAGUUACCACCAGCUUACCGAGCUUUGCUUCUCAAGCACAGAGCUUAGAUAAUGUCACUGAAAAAGUCAGUUGGCGAAACACAAGCUCCGAAGCUAGCCAUAGUAACUUGCUGGAUUUUGUAGAGUCAGCAAGACCUCCUAAGUGUCUAGUUGAUAGUGAAAGUGGCUCGGUAAGUGAUUAUUCCCUCACAGCUAGUGGAUGGGAUGAACUGCAGUCUAAUGAAGACUGGAUAAGUAAUAUCUCUCGUCCACGUAAAGAAUGGGAAGGUCUCAGGCAAGAAAGAUACCAAGAGAUGCUUGAUCCUUUGUCAGACAAUCAUGACAUACAACAACUUCUUCACAGAAAAAGUGUUUCGACAUUUCUUACCAGUGAUUUGAGAGAGCAAAUUGAUCGAAUAAUGGCGUCUCGCUCACAACAACUACCAAAUGCAGUGAGAAGCUAUGUUGAGGAAGACGAGGAGGAGGAAGUGGAAGAGAAUGCAAGAGAAGAGGAGGAUGAGGUACGAGAAGAAGAAGAAGAAGAAGAAGAAGAAGAAGUAGAAGAACACGAAGAAGAAUGGGGCUAUGCCAAUUACUCUGAAGAUGAUAGUAGCUCUAGCAGACAACCCGAAGUACUAAUUCAUCAGAACACAUCUUCACAGACUUUACAGUCAUGGAACACAAAUCAAGACCAGGAAAUCACUGAUGACUCUUAUCACUUCCCAUCUCCUUCUUCACUGCUAUCUCAAUCGUCUAAUAUUCCGUCUAGCAGACAUCCUUCAACUGAAAUGGAACUCAUAUACGAAAUGAGAGGACAUAUGGAGCAGCUCCACCAAGAGAUUUUCGAAAUUCGGAGAUCUAUGAAGAGUUGUAUGAACAUGCAAAUGACACUACAACGUUCCAUUAAGCAGGAUGUUGCUGCUGCAAUUAGUCAGUUAGGUCAAAAGAGCAAGGGGAAUUCAGAUAACAAGGGUCCAAACAAAGGAAAUUGUUGUAUUUGCAGUGAGAAGCCAGUUGAUUCUCUUCUUUACAGAUGUGGGCAUAUGUGCACCUGUUUCAAGUGUGCACAUGAAUUGAUUUCCAGUACUGGAAAAUGUCCAAUAUGCCGAGCUCCAAUAAUGGACGUUGUACGUGCAUAUGCUCAUUCAUGAUGUACAUGUGAACUGGAUUUAGCUCUGGAGGUCUGCCAGACAACAACGACAAAACAAUAACUAUGCCUCAAUUCUGAGCAAGUUAAGGUCGGCUAUGUGAAUCUCAAGCUCAUCCCAGUCCAAUAUAUUAUGUAACGUGUGGAUAGGAAAGCACGACCAAGCAUACUUUGUGUUGAGGAUUAAUUAUAAAUUGACUAGUUUACGGCGGUUGUCACCCUAUUACAAUACUCCUCCUUUAUUCAGGGUUGGGACGGACACCGAGAGCAAGGCAGAGUUCUGGAGGUGUGCCGGACGCCCUUUUUGUACAAGGAAAGACGAGCAAAAGGGUGAUUACUAUAUUUUCUUCUUCUUAGUCAUGAAAUUCUUUUCUGGUUAAUUUACUAUCUAAACCAGGUGUAGAUUGACAGAGGAUUCAGUCUCAGCUGGUUCCACUAACCAUCCUUUGUAUAUAAUAGGAGAAAGGAAAGAUUUCCUUCUGUGAUAUAUAGUAUGAGUUGUGUCUUUCAAGUUUCUUUAUAUUUGCAAUUCUAAAGCUCACUUGGAGAUACUUGGCAACGUAAAUAAUACUCCAUAAGACUAGCAUUGUGUACUAGCAUCAUAUUUAAUAGUAGAACAAAUUUAUCCUUAGAUGAGAGUAAUCUUACUUGAAAGUCAUUCAGAAUGAUCCAUGUUGGUGCUUGCUGAUAAGGAUCUCGAGAGCACUAGUCAACUUAGUGGCGAUGGAGCGUUAAAUUAGACAAUAGAAAUCGAGGUUGCUUUGAUCAGGCUGAUUUGUACAGGUAAACUGGUGAAGAAAUUCAUUGUGAACAAGAAUCAUCAGGAGGCAAAAGAUACCAGUACCCAAUGAAUUACCCUUUGUUUCCCAUUAUUAAGAUAUAUAGAACAUGCAAUGUAUAUCUUCUACUUUCCAACAAGUUUCCCUUUAGAAUUUAGAAUUAACGUCCACC